CUGCAGGGCAUCUCCAUGACGGACGUGAAAAACAUUCGCUUCGAUGCGUUCCUGGGCAUCCCGUACGCCAAGCCGCCCGUCGGGAGCUUGCGUUUCAAGAACCCGAUCCCGGUUGGGGCGCUGACCGUGGAGUACAACGCGAUCGAAAGCAAAGCGGCUUGUCUGCAGCGAUCACUCCUCGAGGCGGAGCGUCCCGUCGUCGGGAACGAAGAUUGCCUUUAUCUGAACGUCUACCGCCCGAAGGCGAACGGUUCGGAGCUCCCGGUGAUGGUCUACAUCCACGGUGGCGGCUUCUUCUCCGGUUCCGCCGAUCCACAGCUGUACGGUCCGGAGCGACUUCUGGCGACGCAACAGGCUCUGCUAGUGACCAUCCAGUACCGGCUGGGAGUUUUUGGGUUCCUGUCGACCGGUGAUGAGGUGGUUCCGGGAAACGCGGGAAUGCACGAUCAGGUGCUAGCGCUGAAGUGGGUCCAGCGCCAUAUCCGGUCGUUCGGUGGUGAUCCGGGUCGGGUUACCAUUUUCGGUGAAAGCGCUGGAGGUGCGUCGGUUCAGCUGCACCUGAUAAGUCCACUCAGUCGGGGUCUGUUUCAGCGGGCGGUUAUCAUGAGCGGUAGUGCGAUAGCGACUUGGAGCCUACCGAUCGACGAUCCGCUGGCCUUGGCACGACGGCAGGCGCAGCUGGUAGGGGUUUCCGAAGCGAACGAGCUAACCUCCUCCGAGCUGGUCGACGUUCUGCAACACAUCGAGGGCCGGGUGCUGGCCGCCAGUGCCACCCAUCUUCGAACGUGGUUCGAACACCCGAUCAUAAUAUACCGCCCGGUGCCGGAGAGUUCCGCGGUCCCCGAAAGCGAACGCUUUCUGCCGCAGGAUCCAAGGAAGCUGUGGACGGAAGGGAGCUACGCCGAUGUACCGCUGAUGUUCGGGACGGUACCGAAUGAUGGGGCCAUCGCCAGUCUGCCUCUGAUACACAACGCCACACUCCGGCAAGAGUUUAACGACGGCCUGGCAGACCUGUUGCCGGUGGUGUUUGCCGUGAAUUCGACGCCUGAGGUUAUGGAUCAAAUCAAGUCCCGAUACUUCCCAGACGCUCCCGCUGGCCAGUGGUUAACGGAGCAAAAUUCGCAACAGCUGACCAAGUUGUUUAACGAUGUCCUCGUAAAGUAUCCGGUCGUGAAGUCGUUGCUGCAGUACGCUGCCAACGAAACCGGCUGCCGUGAGACGACGCUCUACUCGUUCGAGUUCACCGGACGGCACUCGUUCUCCUCGCUCUAUGCCCACCAGGCGAACGUAAGCCACGGGGUGGUCCAUCAGGAUGAGCUAAUCUAUCUCUUCCGUAUGGCCGCUGUGUUCGCCGACUUCCCCGAGGGCGCCCCGGAGAACGAAGUGGCCGACAUGUGGACGCAGUUUUUCGUCACCUUCGCCUCGGGCAGCCCCCUAGCCACAACGGCAGGCGCUUGUGGAGAGGACAACAUAAAAACGGUGGCCUUCGUAAAUGCGGGCGCUUCAAACGAGGCACCGAUCGAGCUGACCCGAGGGGUCGGUGUUUCGUCGGAGCUCCAGGAAAUGGUGAGGUUCUGGGACCGGAUUUACGACUCCUCGUACGUUGCCUAUCACUGA